AAGUUACAGCAUUAAGCCCAAAAUCCUUUUCGUUUGUUUUGUUUCGUUAUUUCUUUUUAACAUUGAAGGUUAAGGAUUAUUUGAAACAAAGGGAUAGUAACACACUGAGCGAAAUUCUUAUAAAUCAAGCUGCAAUGUCGCAAGAAUCUGAACCAUCGGCAGAGCGCUUUGAGGCUGGUAACCAGCUUUUUGAAAAUGAAUUCUCAACACUCCGUACAGCUAUACACUCUGGCAAUUUCGAGAAAGCUAUACAAAGCUUUGUAUUACUUCAUUCAAACAGCUUACAGAAUCCGGUCUUUCAAUCCUAUAUGAUUCAAGUUGGAGAAAACAUUGAUCCUGCAAAGGAUACCGAUGCCAGUCGAUUUUUUGCCUCGUUACCAUGUCUUCUACAAUCAAAUAUCAUUGAUUUUGCAAGAGAAUACUUGGAGGAAAAGGAAUCUAUGAGAGCUUUCAAUGUCUUGUUUGAUUACAUUCAAGCAUAUCCUCGGCACGCGUAUAAAUAUCUGAUUGGAGCCAUUAACCUAUUGAUACUAUGCGCUCAAAAUUUAGAAGGCGAUGAAAGACAAAAGUGUGUCAGUCUACUGGUGACCGAGUUGUUCCCACGUCUUUGUAAACAGCGUCUGCUACUUGUUAGAAAAGACAAAGUCCCCUCCAUUAAAUCUACCGAAAGCAAACAUUACAUCACUUUGCCUUAUAAUCUCUUUGAACAGUUCCUUUUGUUGGGACAGAGAUUUUACAUAAAGAAACAUAGGUGGGAUGAUUCAGCCAAAUUUACAUGCGCCAUGCUAUCGGCUUGUGGUUAUAAUGGACUGGAGCAAUUGGAUUCAGUUUCACAUGUUAUCCGAUUUCAGUAUUUAAAGGAGCAUAGAAAUAGUGUUAGGAUUGAUGAUGAGAUCGAAAACGAGGAUGCCCUUGCGCAAAUAAGUACAGAGGAUCUCUCAAUCAUUUCAACAUUAAUGUGCGAAUAUAUGGCAGCGAUCUCCCAGUUUGCACAAUUUGGAUAUGAUUAUUACAGAUAUGUUUGUGGUACGGACGAAGCUUCAAGCUCUGCGGAAGAAAAAUCUUGCCUGAUACCUGUUUGUUCGUUUCAACCGAAUAAUGGCAUAGUCAAUAAACCCGGUAGCAAGCGCCCUUAUGAUAAUGGCUCUGAAAAAAAUACACUAGAUUUCUCAGAUGAUUUGCAUCUAUUAAGACGAAAUGAUAACUUAAAGAAAAUUGGUAGCAGUUCAUGCAGCUCGGUAACGGACGAAGACAAUGAUGAUCGUGCUAAGGGCUUAGAUUCUUAUUGUGUUAAAGGUGUCGAUAAUGCAUUACAUAUAUUAAGUAAGGCUGGUGAUUGUCUUCGACACUGUGUUGAUUUAUGGAACUGGGCUAAUGGACAAUUGUCACAAAAGACACUCAUAGAUCAUUUAGGUGGAUGGGAAAAAGAACUAUGUCGUGUCAUUGAGGGAUAUAAAUUACCAUUUGACAUGAACAAUGCGAUCUUAUUGGUGAGAAGCGAUUUGGCAUUAUCAUCUCCAUCUAUUGCAGGCAAUCUAGCAAAAGCACUCGAACUAUCUCAAAGCAUUUGCGACCGCAUAGAAGUACAACGAAGACAGGAAAAAACAGACAAUAACCGGGCAAGCUCCGAAAUGGACAUACCAUUUAUGUUCGCUUUCCGCGUUCUGUAUAACAUCGGGGUUAUAUAUCUGCUCGUGGGUAGUCUCCAGCAAUCUACUCUUGAAAUAGCUAUUAUACUUUCUGUGUUUCCAAUACCAAAUGGUUUAAAUGAAAAAGAUUUUAAUAAUGACGAAAUAGACUGUUGCACAGUUGCCAACAUUUUCAAUGGAAGAGAAUUCGGUUUGAUGAGAGUCACACAAGAAGGUUUGGUUGUUCGCUGUAUAAAGCAUUUGAUUGUGAGUCUUGAUAACGAAUCUGAACUAAGAGGAGGUAUGGCUUCGAUAGACUCAGCUCUUCGCUGGGACGAGAAAGCUGGAAAUAUGAUUGUAUUGAUGCAAUAUGGUUGGCCUUAUUGGAGCAACAGGACGAAUCUCUGGCACAAAAUUAUGAACCGAAUAAGCGAAAAAAGAGUGUUUAAAAACCGAGAAUUUUUGGAAUAUCUUUAUGUUUCCGAUGUGUUACAAGCCAUUCGCCACCUUCAUUUGAUAGGAACUGUGACUAUGGACAUAAUACCGCCAGAAUUUGCUUUACGUGGAAGUUAUAGACAUUUAGUAACAACGGCUCCCGAUAAUAGUUCUUCCCCUUCCUCACCACGACACCUAGCUUCUUCGCCUAAAAAUGACGAGACUAUGGAUGAGGAUGAAAUCGAACGAAACCUCGAAAAAAAUCCAAACAAUCUACCUUUAUAUCAUCCUUCAUUUGCUAAUAGCAUCUUACCGAGCACCUCCAUGUCGCCUUCUUGGUACUCUGCCUCUACACAAAAGAACUCGUUUGCAAAAUGGAUGUCACCUUCAUUUUAUUAUAGUAGACCUGCUACGUCUGUCAUACUACCUGGACAAAAUGCGGACGGAGAGCAAUCAUACAAUGACAGUAAUAGUGGCCAUCCAAAUGAUACUGGCAAUUCUUUUAAUAACACCAAAGGGUCUUUUAUACCAAGGGAUAUAGUUACGCGAUGUCUGGAAUAUAGAAUACGAAGAUAUUCCCCGAAAAUCACACCACAACGUAUGAGACACGUUUUACAACGCUUCUUGAAAAACAUGGUACUAAAGGCUAAUGAAGAGACCUAACGAGAAGGAUCCUCCUCUUGUUUUUAUUUCCUGUACAUAAAACAUAUAGUCAUAUAUAUACACUAAAAUCAAAGCAAUGGUACCACUUUUUCCAUUAAUACUUAUCAUUCUUUUAUACACAAUAAAUAUGCGCCUUUAUUCGCCAAUCGAGG